UUCUAUCUCUUACACGAGUAGAAGCGAGAGCAGUGGUCGUAACGAAAAUGGGUCGUUUAGUAAGUUUGUCUUUGCGUACAACACGCGAACCGUAAAAGCUUAUUUUUUUAAAUUUUGAACGUCAACUAUGGCGGAAAACAUCGUCGAAGGAUGGCUUCGGUCAGUGAAUCUCGUGCAUUACACGCAGUCGUUUCUUGACAAUGGAUAUGACGAUCUCGAAGUGUGCAAGCAGAUAGGGGAGGCCGACUUGGACGCGAUUGGUGUCGCCAAAAAAGACCACAGGGAAAAAUUACUGCGAGCGGUGAGGAUUCUCAAAGAGGAAGGAGGGACGGCUGUGUAUUUCACCCUAGAGGACACUCAGCAGCAACAGAACGGGUACGAGGAUGAGAACCCGCUUUUUGCCGAGCUCGGUCCGGCACCCAGUUCUCCGCCCAUUAUUGAUACGGAGGCUUACGAUGUUGGGAAAUCAACACUGCUGACUUUUCCGAAAAUUCAGCUCAAACACAUCCUCCAGACCAAGCUUUAUCAAGACGAAGUCGAUUUGUCAAGUCCUCCGUAUACAACGUCGGACUUCUCCCUGUGUCAAAGCAGCCUGACUGCCCUGGCCGUCAAGUACGCCAGUGAACUGAAAACUCACUUUGCAGAUGUCUGGGACCGGCUUGAAGAGUUGUGGAGGAUCGCCAGGGAAUAUGAUAGUUUCACGACUCUGUGUAGGAGUCCGAUGCACAGCAUCUAUGGUGGAUCCAACCAUUACGGCUUCUCACCCCGUGGAUGUCCACCACCCCUGCCAGCCUGUCUGCCGCCCAACACAAGUCACAUUGACAGAUACCCAUCUUUACAGCACCAGUUUCAAGGCGUUCCUAGCAGGCAUGACAAUUAUGCUAUGCAGGACUAUGUACCAGUUGAUGGAGGGAUGUGUUGUAUUUUUACCCGCAAAGUAAUGCAAGACAUAAAAGGACAUUCGGAGAAUUCUGGUAAGAAAUCAUCUGGGCUUGGAAAAUUCCUGCGCAAUUUAGGUAUACGAAAGUCUGGAAGGAAAAACGCUUACAAACAAACCUCAGCAUAUGACCUUGCAGGUGACCUUCUGGCGUCCGACAUUACAAUGAGCGCUGAUGAUAGAAUUGCUCUCAUGGUCAUGGUGAAAGAAGGCAAGAUUUCAACAGAAACAGCUCUUGAAGUGGUAAGAAGAUUUGAGGAAGAGAGAAAGAUAGAAAGUGGAAAAGAAAAUAAGGGGAAGAAAAAGAAAGGAGGAAAACCAACAAAGUCUCAGUCAGCUGUUUAUGCAGAUGAAACUCCGAAGUGUCAUGUCUGUCAGCACCUUAUGCAAAACGAAGACUACGAAGAACCUCUACCUCCCAUCAGCUAUGAUGGCAGCACCCAGCUGUACGAAUGUUGUCGGCAUCGCCGCGUCCACAGCGUCGGCCACAUCGACUUCAGCCAUCAGCAACAUCAACCUCUCUCACCUCAGUUUGUGCGGGCGUUUUCCUGUUCGCCCACACGGAACCCUUCGACGGCAAACCCUUCGAACCCGGGCCAGUCGCCAGCCAUCAGCGCCCCCCGUGGGCUGUACUCCCCAAUACUGUUACAGACUCCCAAGUAUCUGAUAUCGCAGCACCAGGCCCAGGGUGUUGAGAGCCUCAGGGAGAGGUUCAUCGGGAAGCCGCAGAUGUUCGUAAACAAGACUCAGUCGAGGACCUCUCUGUUGUCCUCCGAGUCGGACCAAUCCAUGGAGUGCACGUCGCAUGUCGUUCCCCUCAAGGUGGAGGUGGUCACGACUCGGAACGAUGACACGAACUACUGCAGUAACUCGACGGUGUCGAUGAGUUCGGAUAACUCUCCCGCGUCGGGGAGGAAGAAAAAUAGUGAUGCCAGUAAAGUCAGGGUUCAGAGGUGGCAUCGGAGUGGAAGCUACAGUACUGGAGAUGAUGGAAUCUCAUCGGAGAAUGAUGACCACGAUGAUGCAAGAUUGCUUGGGGCUCAGAACAGUGGUAAACUGGGAGGGAAGUUGAAGGACAUGAAGAAAAAGGUGUUGAAGAACAAAGUUGAUCAAGAGGGUAAUGAAGCAAGACCCAGAAAUACCAGAGGACCCAGUUCCAAGCCUGCCUUGUUAAAAGAUAAUUCAUUUGGUCUAGUUGCUUCAGGUCAUCCUAGUCUUAGUGUGACCUCAGAGAACCUCGUAUACGCAGGACCUUUUGUUGGCAAGGCUCGAGUACACACCGACUACACACCACAAGAGAACGAUGACUUCAUGGCUCUAAAGAAAGGUGAGAUAGUGAACAUUAUAAACAUGGACCAGUCUGGCGUGUGGCGUGGGUCUGUAAGCGGUAAAGUUGGGAUGUUCAAGUUUUCUCACGUGGAGAUCGUCACGGACAAUAUGCCCGUCGGUCAGCGUAAAGACAAACCGAGCAGACGGAAAGCGUCACGCAAAGCGAAACCCACGUCGGUGGAAGAACUCAUGCAGCGUAUUGGAUUGGAGCACCUGACCAGCCUGUUUCUCCUCAACGGCUAUGAACUGCUGGAUACGUUCUCCGAGAUCGAUGAAGAAGAUUUGAACGCUCUCAAUAUUUCCGACCCAGCUCAGCGGGCUAAAUUACUGACCGCAGCCGAACUGUUGCUAGAUGGAGACUCUACUGAAGCAUCAGACGGCCACAAAAGUGAGACAUCGGGGUCGGCCGCGGCAUCGUCGGACACAGCAUCGAGCUUGUCACCUGCCACCGUCAACCAAAGCGAGGCUCAGCAGCCAAGGACAGGCAACUCCAGCAGAGAUUCCGGUUGCUACGCCAGCAGUGAACAGCUCAUGCUCCGAGAAGCUCAAAAAGUUCAGGGUCCACUCCAUGCCAAAAUUGUUCCGACGAAUUCGGUUAUAAGGGGAGAUAACUCUGGAUCCCCGAGCCGCGACAACUGUGUCUGCAAGAUGUGCGGGAAGGUUCGAAUCUGUGGCAGCGGUGGUGGUAGCGGCAGGUCGAAGGAGAAUCAGGACGAAGGUAUGGACACGGACAAGAGUGAUAAGGAAUACACGGAGGAGGAUAAAGAAGUUCGUGCUAUAACGUACGGGUAUGAAACAAAGAGAGUUUCUCCGCCGGAUAAAAUCAGUGUUAAAAAUGUGCCAAAAAUGACCUCGUCCUCGUCCUACUGCAAGUCGUGUUCCCACAAGAAACACAACAACGUUCCGACGACGUUUUCCCCGAGACAGACCGCGAGUCCAACCGGCAACGUGCUGUUGGCCUCUGGUGGUGGUGCGGCGGUUGCCGUGCACCCUGCUGACAUUUCUUCCAGUUUGGCGGCUCGUUCGGGAAGUCCGAACCACAGUUCCAUCUACGGGACCCGGUCCAAGCAGAAGGUGAAGCCGAUACCGCCUCCGAGGAUCCCGGCUCUGGAGAAUCCCUCGCCACAGCUUCAGCAGGCCAUGAUGGAUCAGAAGAGACAGCAGCAGGCUAUGAUUCAGAACAACGGUGUGCCCAGUUCCGGCAUAUACGGUCGGGCCAAGCCGCCCGUGAUUAAUCCACACAUGCCAACGUCACUGUCGUUUCAGGGCAAGAUGAUGGCCACGCAUGACAGGACCGUGGCGGCCAGAGACGGCCACUCGGACAGGAGCGAGGCGAUAUACGGGCAAAAGACAAUACGGAAUGUGAGCAGGUCCUUGAUUCCGCUGGUGUCGACGAAACUGUCGGCCGAGAAGAUAGACCUGUCUGAAGAACCGUAUACCAAUUGUGAUGGUGUCUGUGGCAUACCUCCGUUGUUGGUUCAGAGAUAUGCGGAAGAGCUACGACAGGACAUCGCCAGUGUGGCUCCGGUGUUGGAGCAGGUUCGGCUCUACUGCCUGCAGAAUCACAAGAGAGCUGGGAUUCCCAAUGAACAUCUGGCUGAAUCCUGCAGUAAUGCGUGCGACCUGAAGAUCUUGUGUAUCGAGGAUUUCAUGUGUUCUAUCGGACUGCCCAUGUAUAUCGAGGGUCUCUACCAGAGUGGCUGUUGCACUGUGGAGCUUCUGCUCACCGCCAAUGACACGGACAUCUUCCGAAUGACUGGCGCCGACGUUCGUCACAUCAAGAGAAUCUCUCAUGCUAUUGAGUGGGUUCGACUCAAACUCGCGUCGCCGGUACGAAGUCCAAAAUCACCAAAGUCACCCAAGUCACCCAAGUCACCCCGUUCAGCCAAGCCUUCCACUAUUUCAUACACGGACAAAGUCUGAUGUAGAUAAUUUUAUAUAUAUAUAUGAAGGGUCCACGGGAAUAACAUGUUAUGCCACACUUUUGGUAAUGUGGUAUGUUUUAGUUUUAAAGUUUUUUAAGUAAUAAACUCUCCAAUCAUGGAAUAUUAUUAUACCUAAGCAAUCAUGAUUUACAAACAACUUUUAAGGGCCUAGCAAAUUUAAAGGUUUUUAUUUUAUUUUUUUGUCACUGUGAAUUUGACAUACAUGACCUACUACCUACAUACAUACAUACAUACUACCUACCUAUUUGGACAUCAUAGGACAUUCCCGUGGACCCUUCAUAUAUAUAUAUAUAUAUAUACAUAUGUGAUUUAAGAUGGAUUAUUUAAUGACAAAGAUGGUUCAGUGACAGUUGAUGUUUUUAUUCUUUUCUGUGGAUAAAUCAAACAUAAUUCUAGUCUUGGAAUAUUUGGUUUUAUAAGUACAGGCACCUACCAUUGACUGUAGUUAGCACACUACAAAUUGAAUACUGAAGAGAAUUUGCAACUUAAAUGAUGAUUAAUAUUUCAAUUGUUUUUAGUCAACAAAUGAUGGAAAUAAGUAAUUUGAGUCUGGAAUCAGUAAAAGUGUGAGACGCAUUAGUCGCAUAACAUGGAGCUAGUGUAAUGAAGCAUGUAGCUGGUUCAGUUUAUUAAAGUAUUACAUACACGGACGAACGCACAUCCUAAAACCAAAGAAACUAAAAUACCAGAUGCCAGUGGUGGAUCUGAGUGGCCCCUACCCUCCUAAUUUUUGCGACAUUUAUAUAUAUAUUUUUUCUUAUAAUUGUUUAUGUCGGAGAAUCGGAGGAAUCCCUUCGAGAAUGUUUCUGGCUUUUGGCCACGUGCCAUUGUGUCAUUGCCACUCUCUCUCUCCCCCCCCCCCCCCCCCCCCCCCCCCCCCCAAAAAAAAGAAAAGAUUUUCUGGAUCUGCCACUGCAAAUGAUGCCAUCACUUUUUAAUGGUUUAACUAUUUUUUAAAUGUUGAAUUUUGAGAACACAUUUUACUACUGAUCAACUUUGACUGUGUAUGAGUUUUAUGAUAUCUACAAUAACUUAAAAGUUUAAUGUUUUUCAUUUUAUAUUGUUACCUUUACAAUGACAAAUUUUAAAGACGGUAAUAUUUAUACUAAAUAACACGCACUGAAAAACAUUUUUUUUAUUUUUUUUUAAUAAUUAUUUUUAUUUUUUACUCUGUACCAUAAAUGCAUUAAGUUGUAACCUUCCACUAAGUGGUCUUAUGUGCAAACCAAUACAGUGGUGUGUGCAAAACAACACACUUGCAUGUGCAAAACAAUACAAUUGCAUGUGCAAAACAAUACACUUGCAUGUGCAAAACAAUACACUUGCAUGUGCAAAACAAUACACUUGCAUGUGCAAAACAAUACUUGCAUGUGCAAAACAAUACACUUGCAUAUGCAAAACAAUACACUUGCAUGUGCAAAACAAUACAGUUGUAUUGUAUUCCGUUCCUUAACCAGUCUGAUGAUGUCCAAUACAGAGUAUGCCUGUGUAUUAGCAGAAAGUAUUGCAAUAUUACUAUUAUAGAAAUAUUUCUCUCCAAUAUUUACAGAUUCAUGAUUUUGAUAUUGAAGUAUUAAAAUAUAUCCAUAUAUUUUACAUAUAAAUUACUUUAUAUGUACCGGGUAGUAAUAUAUCUACAUGUUACUGUUUUUGGGGGUGUUUUUUUUAAAACUACACAUUUUCAAACAAAAUAGAAACAGUAUGUUCAGUGGUAUGUAAAAGAGGAGUCGAAAUGUUUUUAAUUCGACUAUUUUGUCAGCCUUUGCUCACAUUCAUAUCUUUCUGUAAACUUGAUUAUCACAACUCAUUUUACGUUUAGUCACAUCGAAUAUAUGUUGCAAUCUUAUUUUGAAUAACAUGUAACUCAAGACGACAAAUAUGGACAUGCCUUUAUGUAUUCACCAUCUAAUUUUUGCAAAACAAAAUUCAAAUAGUGGCGAUAUAAACAAGCCACCAUUUAUUAAAGUGCCGAAAUUUUUUUUCAAAUUAUAAAAUAUAAUGUGUUCCAGCUCAGCUCUAUCACGUGUUUUAAAUAAUUUUGAUUACAGAUAAUUGGUCAUACAAUGCUGUAUAACUUUCUCUAAGCUACGUGUAUGUAUGUGUACAUUGUGUAUUCUACAUUGGUGUUUACUUAACAAAGAAUGUAACUUAUAUUUUGUUUUGUAUGCAAACCCCAUUUAUGCAUAAUUACUGUUAUUAGAUACUUGUGAUAUUACUAAGUCAUUUUUGCUACAUGAAUAUUGCAGUACUGCAGAGCUAAGGAUCUGUUUGUGAUAGCUCUGUGUAACACCACACAUCUUAGUUCGGAAUGACCUGUAGGUGAUGAUAGAUGAGUCAGGUGGUGAAAAUAACAGUAAAAACUACAGUGCCAGGAUUGUUGUCCAGGCAACACGCCACCAUUUGUUGUGUCGUUACUUGCUGUAGCAGCUUAAUAUAGUCCGGUUUAGGAAAUAGUCAAAAACAUAUUUCAAAAUUCUGAUAUGCUUUUUGAAAUCUUUCUUUGAUGAUUACACGUAGGUUGACCUCUGUAGUAUUUAAAUAACCCACUGGUUUGAAGUAACUUGUUAUAUGUAGUACUAACUGAUAACAAUAGUGCAAGUGGUAUGGUGCCACUUGUAUAACAGUGGUCGGGCAUAGGGGCCAUUAAUUGAAAAAUUUCAUGGUCAAUCUAUGUUGAUUUUUUACAUGGUACUCAUCAGUCGAGAGCACUCUCUAAAAUUAGUAGUCACAUGACCCUCUCGACAGUGUUGUAUUUUUCACAGAAUAUAUUCUGACAGAAAUUGUAUUGAACUGUAUGGAGUAAUUAAUUGUGAUGUGUAACCUUCACCAUGCUAGCUUGAUUUCUUAGUUUGGGUCAACCUGCUCAACGCCAGACUAGCCAAUUACUAAUUUUAAUACAAAGUGGCUAAAGCAUUUAGUGUUUGGCUAAUAAACUUUAGGUUGUUUUGUUUUAAUUAGCCACUUUUUGAGGGAAAUAUCUACAUCUCUCAAAAUUGGCUAAAAGUAAAAUCUUUUAGUGUGAAGGCAUAUUGUUACUGUGCAAACUUUUAACAACAAUUUGUAGCAUAUGAUCUUGGUUGGCAAGAACUCGUUACACGGAUAUCAAGGUUGGCUCACCAGGACAAAUAAAAAUUCCUGUACGUUUUAAGUUUAACAAGAAAUGUGCUACACAUUUAUGUAACAGAACACUAUUUGAGUUUGAUUGUAUGAUUUAUAACAUUUUUAAAUUGUUGUGCAAAACUUGAAAAACUGUUCACUCCACCAGAUAUAAAGAUUUGUAACAUUUAUAAAUUGUCGUGCACAGCUUGAAAAACUCCACCAGAUAUGAAGAAUCAGAUAGUGAAAUACUCUCAGAUCCUGGUUCAAUAGAAUAACAUUACUUCUUCAAGAAAAUUAUUUCUGGUUUUGAGGCUUUUUGUGUCAUUUCUUAAUUCAUAAUGCCAUCUUUCUCUUGAAAUCAAGAAAAUUGUGUUUUAAACAUUCCACAUAGUGAUAUUAAAACCCACUAGGGUCUCCAAAUUAUAAAACAUUAUUGUUAAAUGCUUAACUUAAAAUUAAUGAAAUUAUUUGGACUUUUUUUUUUUAAAUUAAUGGUAAAAACUGUUUAAAACCGAUGAUAUAAUAAUUUUAAUUGUCAGUUAUCCAUCGAUUCUAUGUUAACACUAUUCAUACAAAAUUCCAUGGUUUUCAUUGUCAUUGUAUCAUUUGUAUCCGACAUCAAUCUCUUGUUGUUAAUGUUAGUCCUUGGAAUGUAUGACUUACACUUCAUUAACAGUUGACAGUAGAAUUUUAUCUUCCAGAUUAAAAUCUAACCUGUGAAAAUAGAUUUCUUUAAAAACUGAUUUUAGAAAAUAAUCCCGAAAGAGAUUUCGUCAAACAACUAGCAUGUGUAAUAUUGACUCGAGCAUAGCCGCAGAUUGUUUAGUUUUUUCACUAGUAAUACUAGUAAUUUUAGAGGUGGAUCCAAGAAACAUUUUCGGGUGAGGAAAAGGCACAUGGACCAACACAUGAAAGGGCAACCUAAUAGAAUUUUAUUUUAAUGGCAGGGAAAAAAAAAAGAGGCACUUUAAAUAUAUAUAUAUACAGUGAAACCGGACACACUAGUAACCAAAAAAACAGUCCAUUUUUAAAAGGUAUCCGGUUUAGAGGUUCUCUUCUGUAUAGAUAUUUAAAAAUGGGCACAUAAAAACGUCCGGUUUUGAGAGAAUUCCGGUUUACCAGGUUUCACUGUAUAUAUAUAUAUAUAUAUAUAUAUAUAUAUAUAUAUAUAUAUAUAUAUAUAUAUUGUUUUUUGUGUGUGUGUGUGGGGGGGGGUUUAACCUCUGAAUUUAUAAAAUCAUAAAUCUGUUUUAAUCAUAUAUAAAACCAUUAACUCAAUAAUUUAAUGCAUUUUACCUGUUAAGUUUUGUUUCUUGACAUGACGUUUUUUUUUAACAAGUAUACUAGUAUAUACUACAAUAGAUUAUGACCAGUCUGUUAGUGUUACAUACUACAUAGUAUUGGCAAAGUAUUACAAAGUUAUUUUCUUUCUGCAAAUCGGGUACAUGUGUCUUUGCUGAAACACGAGUCCAACAUGAACAGAGUAUUAAUCCUAUAGACUGGCAUAAAUUUCCACUUGUUGAUGAAUAGCUGUUGAAAGUAUGCAUGUAGUUCCCCCCCAUUUGUGCUAGUUAAGUUAUGGAAUCUAGAUAUAUAUAAUUAUAGAUGGUAUAUGCUGGAUAGUGCAAUAUGAAUCUAGCCUCUUGCAGUACUUUAUACAUGUAUUCUACGGACGGUGUGUGGUUUGCAACCCAACGUCUUUGUUGUGUUGUUCCCGGGAACAAAUAAUAAAUACAUCCUUAACUUA